AUGGGAGCGCCGAAGCAGAAGUGGACGGCGGAGGAGGAGGGUGCACUGAGGGCUGGGGUGGACAAGUACGGCCCGGGCAAGUGGCGCGCCAUUCAAAAGGACCCUGCUUUGGGGCCGCUGCUGACUCAUCGAUCCAAUGUUGAUCUUAAGGACAAAUGGCGCAACAUGACAGCAGCCGCCACUGGCGGCAGCAGCAGCGCCAGUGCAGUGGUGCCCGUGCCACGCGUGCGAGCCCCCAGGGAGCAGCGGGCGGCAGCAGCAGCAGCACGCGCUGAGCUGGCAGCAGUCGUGGCGAUGGAGGAGGAAGAAGACGCCCUAUUGGCCGCCGCUGCUGCUGGCAGCGAUGCUGACGUGGCUGAUGGUGGUGCUGACGAUGGGGCGGGGGAGAGCGGGUCAAUGGGCGGGGCUGCUGGGGGGACGGAUGGUGAAAGGGGGGGAGAGGGUGUGGGGGGCGGCAGUGCGAGCAGUGGGCGCACUGGCAGUCGAGGGGGGGCGGGGGAGGAGGGGACGUGGGCCGUUGUACCAUCUGCUGCUGCUGGCGCUGCUGGCAUGGGCCUGCCUGUGACCAGCAAUGCAAGGUUGGAUGAGGCGAUCAUGAUGGCAGUGGCAUCGCUGGAAGGCUCACAGGCAGCACAUGGGUGCUCCGCUGCAGCUAUUGUGAAACACAUUGAGGACCACCAUGCAUCACCACCCAAUCUGCGCCGCCUCGUGCCGCAUCGCCUCAGAGCACUCUCAGAGGAGGGCUGCUUGGUAAAGGUGAGAGCUGGCAGGGCUGCCUGGUGA